UCAAGCACUCAGACCGAGAGCAGGGGCGGGCUGAAGUCUGCGCCACCUGUUCGCCAUCUUGGGUCUGGUCCAGAUGUUCCGUACUGCCCAGACGGCCCGGGAGGUUCUGCACAUGGCCGCGUGAGGAACCACGCACGAUGAGGACCCUGGUGCCCCGGAAUCUGGAGAUGGAGCGGGAGCAGGUAUCAUUUGAGGAUGUAGCCAUGGACUUCACCCGGGAAGAGUGGCAGGACCUGGAUGCUGCCCAGAGGACCCUCUACAGGGACGUGAUGCUGGAGACCUACAGCAGCCUGGUGUCCUUGGGGCACUGUCUGAACAAACCUGAGUUGAUCUUCAAGCUGGAGCAAGGACUUGGGCCAUGUACCGCAGCGGAAGCCUCGGACAGGAGCCUCCCAGAUCUUCCUAUAUUGACUACCCAGAAUGUGACCAGCCAGGAAAAUCAUAAGGUGCAUUUGUGGGAAGUUGAAACCUUCCAAACCAAGGCAUCAAGUGAGAAGAUUGCAGAGCUAAAGAAGCAACAGAAGACCCAUCCAGGGUCAAAGUCCUGUGGAACUGAAGCGUAUAGGAAGACAUUUUGCCAGAAAUCACAGGGCACCGGGAAUCAAACGUCUCAGACUCGUAGGAAAAUCAUCCGUUAUGUGUCAACUCUCAGUGAAGCUCAGGGGCUUCGUAAGAGUGGGGAAGGCACGGAAGCUUCCUUCCAGAGCCCACAUGCUACCGUAUGUCAGGAAACGCCUACGGAUGUACAGCGUUGUGAACGUACGGACUGCAGAGAGGCUUCCAUCUGCAGCUCAGAACAUCAGAGAAUUCAUACAAGCAAGAAGCCCUAUGAAUGUACAGCAUGUGGGAAGGCUUUCUCCCUCAAGUCAUACCUCACCCAACAUCAGAAAAUCCACAUAGGCAAGAAGGCCUUUGCGUGUUCAGAGUGUGGGAGGGCCUUCUACACUAAGGGGAAACUUACUCUGCAUCAGAUAAUCCAUACAGGGGAGAAACCUUACGAGUGUACAAGAUGUGGGAAGGCUUUCUCCCUCAAGACGUACCUCACUCAACAUCAGAAAAUCCACACAGGCAAGAAGCCUUAUGAGUGUAAAGAGUGCGGGAGAGCCUUCUACCGAUUAACACACCUCACGUUACAUCAGCGAACUCAUACGGGUGAGAAGCCCUAUGCUUGUACAAAAUGCCAGAAAGCUUUCUACUGCCAGUCCCAGCUUAAGCUACAUCAGCGAACUCAUACGGGUGAGAAGCCUUUUAAGUGCAUGGAGUGUGGAAGACCUUUCUACUAUAAGUCACACCUAACUCGACACCAGAGAAUUCACAGCAAUGAGAAGAAGCCCUUUGAAUGUGCGGAAUGUGAGAAAGCCUUCUACUGCAAGUCGGACCUCACUGCACAUCAGAGGUCUCACACGGGCGAGAAGCCCUAUGCAUGCAUGGAGUGCAGGAAAUCAUUCCACCAGAAGUCCACACUCCUCCUACAUCAGAGGACUCACGUGGGCGAGAAGUCGUACGCGUGCUCAGACUGUGGCAAGGUUUUCUACUGCAAGUCACAUCUCACUCUGCAUCAGACCAUACAUACAGAUACACGCCCCUAUGUGUGUACAGAGUGUGGCAAAUAUUUCUACUAUAAGUCACUACUCAUUGUACAUGGACGAACUCACACAGGCGAUAAGCCCUAUGAAUGUGGAGAAUGUGGGAAAGCCUUCUCCCGCAAGCCACACCUCACUCGACACCAAAGUACUCACACAGGUAAGAGCGAUUUGAAUGCAAAUCAGGUGGGAACGCUUUCUGCUGUCAGUCACACCAGGGAGCACACGCGUGUGGCAGGCGUUCUGAAGGAAAAGAAUGCAGGAUAGCUUUCUACUUCGCGUCACAGUGACAGUGGGCGGCUCAGAUGAGGAGCCCCGAGGAGGGAAGGAGGGAACUUUAUCCCGCGAGUCACAGCGAAGAAUAAAUGGGAAUGACCACCGUGUAGAGUGAAGCUCAGCGUUCUCUACGUCGCCGCUCAGGCGCAUUAGCGCUCUCACGCAGACAAGAAGCUUUACCCGUGCGGAGUGGACAAAGUCAUUCCCCAGUCGUACCUGCCCCAGCACAAGAGGCCACAUGGAUGAGAAUGUAAGGAGUAUUGGCAUUUUUUUAAAUCAUUUAUUGAAAACUGAAACUUGGGGAUAAAUAUUAAGGAAUAAACGUGAGAAAUUCAGCCGGGCGGUGGUGGCGCACGCCUUUAAUCCUAGCACUCGGGAGGCAGAGACAGGCGGAUCUUUGUGAGUUCGA